AUGCCAAAUGUGUAUGAGGAUGUGGAGAAAUUAGAACCUUCAUGCAUUACUUCUAAAAGAAAAUAUGUCUGGAAGCUGUGGUCCAAGGCCGUUUUUGCUGGCUAUAAGCAGGGUCUCUGGAACCAAAGAGAGCACACAACUUUCCUUAAAAUUGACGGUGUUUAUGCCCGAGAUGAAACAGAAUUCUAUUUGGGCAAGAGAUGUGCUUAUGUAUACAAAGCAAAGAACAACAAAGUGACUCCUGGCGGCAAACCAAACAAAACCAGAGUAAUCUGGGGAAAGGUAACUCUGGCCCACAGAAACAGUGGCAUGGCUUGUGCCAAAUUCCGAAGCAAUCUUCCUGCUAAGGCUAUUGGACACAGAAUCCAAGUGAUGCUGUACCCUCAUGCUGUACCCCUCAAGGAUUUAAACUAA